ACGUGUACACACGUGCUUAUGUUUACGCCAUUUUUGCAAGUGAAAGAUUCGUCAUUGAGUGAAAUAUUUUGCGUUUACUUUAGCCAAUCUCAAGAACAAAGUCCAAUCCAGGGCUUUAGCAAUACAUCACUGAAACAUGGAAGAAAGAGAAGUAUUAACGACCCUUAAAAUUUUAAUUAUAGGGGAGAGUGGCGUUGGGAAAUCCAGUUUGUUAUUACGGUUCACAGAUGACACAUUUGACCCAGAGCAAGCUGCUACUAUAGGUGUUGACUUCAAAGUAAAAACAUUAGCUGUAGAUGGUAAUAAAGCCAAGCUAGCUAUCUGGGAUACAGCUGGCCAAGAAAGAUUUCGAACUUUAACCCCAAGUUAUUAUAGAGGAGCUCAAGGCGUUAUAUUAGUAUAUGAUGUUUGUAGUAAACAAUCUUUUAAUAAACUUGAUGCCUGGUUAAACGAACUAGAAACAUUCUCAACAAAACAUGACAUGGUUAAAAUGUUGGUUGGUAACAAAAUAGAUAAGGAAAAAAGAGAAGUUAGUAAGGAUGAAGGAUUAAAGUUUGCUAGAAAACAUCAUAUGUUAUUUAUAGAAGCUAGUGCUAAAACAAAAGAAGGAGUGCAAUGUGCCUUUGAAGAAUUAGUAGAAAAGAUUAUCCAAACACCAGGAUUAUGGGAAACAGACAAACAAGGUAUGACAUUGGGAAGUAAUUCAGGGACCAAUCAAAGUAGUUGUUACUGUGUUGUGUAAGGUUAUAUAAUCAACCAAUAGCAGGAAUUGUGUCUGCUGAAUAUAAGUAACUAUAGAAAUAUAAACUACCACCCUCUAGUCUUUCAUGUUUGACUGUUUAAAACUAAAACCCACACAAAGAAAGAAAAUGGAAAUAGAAACUAUCAUGACAAGGCGAUUAUAAUUUUGAGUAAGUGAAAAGUGGCAAUCAACAUAGCCAAGAUAAAAAUGAUUUCAGGAAAAUAUACUGUGUAUGAGGAAAUUUAUUAAUAUGGUGAUUAAAAUAUUCUGUACAUUUUGACUCCCAAAGCAUUUAUUUUGUGGACCUUUUUAAUCUCUUGUAAAAUUAUAAAGGAGUUGAACCUAUUUAAGUUAAAAUAAAGUAUGGAAUUGAGUUGAUCUGAUAUGUACAAUUAAAGUAAAUUAAGUGUUUACUAAUUUUAGUUCCGUUUUCUCAUCAACUGUCAAGAUUGGCUUUAUCAAUGAACCUAAAAUUUUAUGAGCUUUUGUAUGUGGAUAUCAACCCAUGCUGUAACAAAUGAAUGCAUGAACACUUUUACUGCUUACCCAAAGCAAAGAAGUUUAGCAAUUUUGAGUAUUUUCACUAUGAAGUAUUUUGUAUACUGAAUUCCAAAAUGUUUUUGUAUUACUGAUAUUUGAGUAAUAUUUUCAGUUGCUCUUUAUGUCCUAAUGCUUAGUGAAUGCUUCCUUGCAAUUGCUUAUUUAUUAAAUGAAAUUUAUUAAACUUGUCACUUACUUAGAAGUCAGUUUUUGAGCAUGUAAAGGGUGUGAAUUCAAAUAAAAGUUUUCCUCCAAAAAAAACUAUUAUCAUUUUGUAUACUGUAUAAAUAUAAAAUGCAUGUUUAAUAUAAGCUUUUUUGUUGUUUUUUUUUAAUUAAAAUAACAUAAUUUUAGAUCUUUGUAUAGUUUAAAAAAAAGUGUUAAAACUUGAUAUUUAUUCGAAGUGUUUUUGUAACCAUUUGUGUUUUAAAUCAAAAUCAUUUUGAAUGAUUUAAUUGUAAUUGAAGAAAGAAUUUUUAUGUAGAUUCCUGGUUUAGUGAAAUUUGUGUUUAUACAUGUAAUAGUCAUUACCCAAUGAAAUUAUAAUUUUGGUUAAUUUUAUUCUUACCGCAGAGUAGAGCUCAAAUGAUAUUUCAAUAGAAAAAUGAUAGCUUGAUAUUGAUAUUGAUAUUAGUGUGACAUAUUAUAGUUCUUAUAUAUUCAAAUGAUUACAGUCCAGUUAUCUGAAUAUUGACCAAAACAGCAAUUAUUAAUAUAUUAAAAAGAUCUUUGAUUCCAAAUAGGGUGAAGUAUUAUAGCCAAAAACUGUAUCGCACUAUAUUUUGCAAUAUUUCUAUUGCUGUAUUGUAAUAUCUCAAUACAUUUCAAAAUUGUGUAAUAUUUUGCAUUCUACUAAAAAUAUUCUGAAUUUUAGUACUGCAAAUAAUGUUGAUAAUUUAAUUAUUGGCCUGAUUGUUAUAAAUUAACCAACAACAAUCUGUCAUAAUUAUGUUGAAAGAUCUCUGUCAUCUGUGCAGACAUUGCUUGCAAACAGAUGAAUAAAGUUAUCAUUCAUUAAACUAUCCACUUUUUUUAAAUGGAAUUGCAAUGUAAUGUUUUUGUUACAGCCCUACUCCCAAAUGAAUUGUGACAUUAUAAUCUGAAUCUACAGUUCAAGCAUGGUUAGAAAUUGGCACUAUCAUAUAUUUUGUAAAUAAUUUGUAAAUAGUUUUUAUUAAGCAUGGUCAUGGUUGUUAAUGUAUAUUUUUUAAAACUUGUUUAUUAGAUAAGUUAAAAUUACUUUUAUUUUGUUAUAGAUCUUAUUUAUUGUCAAUUACAGGCUUAAUGUAUACCAAACUCUAAUUUGUUUUCUCAAAUAUUUUAUUUGUGUGAAAUGGUUUCAAAUAGAGAUAUUUUAGUAACUAUGUAUUUCUUUAUUUAAACCAAUUUUCAUGUGCUUGUUUUAGCAUCGUUUUCACCAGUUAAAUGGAAACAGUUCCAUUAUUUUUGCAUUAGACUAACGUUUUGGCCGGCAGAAACACCACAAAAUUGCAUACGUGGAAAACAGGCCUUAGAGAUGAUGAAUUAUGGAACUGGACUCACAACCAGGAAAUAGUUCACUUAAAAUAUAGACAUUUGGAAAAAAAGAUUUAGUUUCCUACCCAAAUAUCUCUGAAAUGAAAUAUCUAUUGGAGGCUUAUUAUAAUUAAAAUGCAUCUUUUUGUCUCUUCCAUAUGUUUUGUCAGUAGUUAUGGGUUUCUGCUGUGUAUGCAUGCAAUACAAAAGGGCAAUAAUUGUGGACAAUAUAAAAUUCCCUUAAAAUGAAAUGUAAAAGACUGCUGCAGUGAAGCAUGUGGAACUAUCAGAUUUACACCAUUUAAUCAUUGAGAGGCAUGUAGCAAUUGACUUCUAAUGUAUGGAAUAGUUGAUAUGGAUACAAUCAAAGUGUGUAUUACACUGCUACAUUUCAAGCUAAAUCAUAAUGUACAAAAAGUAUUCUAGUUUUAUAUUAACAUCCCAGCAGGACACAGUUCUAACCACAAAAUAAAAAUGAUAUGAUUACAGAGCUCUGAGGACAAGGAUAGUGAUCUUUUAAAGGUGAAAGAAAGUUUCUAUAUGUAAAAUUAUAAAUGUGCACAUUAUGAUAAAGAAAUAUAUUAAUGGUCAAUGGUUUAUGAAUGGGUAUUGAUAAUUCACUUCCUAGAUUUUAAAUAAAAAAAGAGAUACUAAUUUGCAUGAUUUUGUACAGCCAUAUCUAUUCUUCAAUUAGAGGGCAUCAUGCUGCUUGAUAAAUCUAUGACUGGUGUAUAUCCAGAGCAAUAUAAACUCUCUCUGCCCUAAUACUGACAUGCAUCAUGCCUGAAGUAGGGUAUAUUUACUUUCACUAAAUACCACCAAGUCAUUUGUAGUUGCUAUUUUGAAAAUGAUACAAACUUUGUUUUAUUUACAGCUGCUAUAUUACUGUAUAUAAUAUAAUUAUGAAUAUGUAUAAUUUAUCUAGCUGCUUUAUAUCUUGUAUAUUGUUCAAUAUAAGAUUAUAUCUCUAUCUAUUUUUUAAUUAUUUUUUCUGAUGGUGUAAUUAGCAACUUGGCAUCACCUUGAAAUUACAGGGUAAUAUCUAACAUUUUUAAAAUUUGAGUAUUAAAGCUGUAUGGAGAACCUCCCUUGUUUUUGUCACAGCUACAAUCCUAAAAUCCUAAUAUAUAGGGAUUGUAUUUUCCUCUCAUGGAAUGGUAUGUAUAUAAAUUUGUUAGAUAGAAUCUUGUAAUCCAUGGUUAUUGGCUGUAUUAUGAUUGUAUAAAAGGAUAAUUCUAUUAAAAAUAACCUACUUUU